AAUGACCUCAAUCAAAUCUACGAAGUACUUAUUUCACCACACCGAAGCUAUUGGGGAGCUCCAUUAGACUCCGCAAGAAUGGCGACUUCUACGCAACCGACGUACAUUCCUAGCAAAGUCGCGAAGUCCGACUAUCCCCUCAUCGACAAUGACCCACAUUUCCGGAGAGUAGUGGGAUAUGCCCGCCCAUCGGACUACAUCUACGGCACCGUAGCCGCCGCCGGUGGUCCGGGUCUCCUACUUGCGAUGGAGAAAUUCGCACCUUCGCAAGUCGGCCGGGGUGGAUUCGUAAGAGCACUGCGUCUAUCCGGAGCGAUAGGUUUAAUCGGCGGAUUCCUAUACUUCUACCAACGAUCAUCCCUACGAUUCUACGGCAUGUCCGAGAACGCCCGCGAAGUAGAGAUGGACAUGCGAGAAAUGGUCGAUAAAGUCAAGACCGGAGAGCCGCUAUACGGCGCGAGCACAGUGACGCCGCAUAUGCAGGGUGUAGCCGCUCGACAGUCGAGGUACUCGGCAUUAUUCUUUGCCGUGAUACCCUGGUUCAACUUUGUCAACCAUAACCAGCAUGGUGUUGACACCGCGAAAUACUACAUUCGCGCCGAGCAGGAACUAGAGGCUGAGAGGUUGAGCAAGGGCACUAGUUCGUGAGUUGGAAGAAAGGCAAGGUAGGAAACGGGGAAAGGAGAAUGAAGGAGUUGCGGUUGUGUACAUAUCCAUUACCGACAUUCGUCUGCUAGUCGAUACUAGCCAUGAAGACGACGUGAAAUGCAAAAUUUAAGAUUUUAUUUACUUUCA